GUAGUGAUUCUUCUUCAUUCCCCUGUCCGGCUGCUGCUCUCGAAUCAUCGUUGCGAUUUUUCCAUUGCUGGAGGGACGCCAUGGCCAUGGUUGCUUGGAUAUCCCAGAGGCUGGAUCCUGCUGUGCAGAACGUCACCACCAUCGGCGAGGCCGAGAAGAUCAUCAACGGCCACGGCGUGGCCGUGCUCGCCUUCCUCAACUCCCUCUCGGGUGUUCACAGUGAUGAGCUUGCCGCUGCCUCAAGGCUGGAAGAUGUCAACAGCUUGUACCGGGCUGUCAACUUCUACCAGACCACCAAUCUUGAUGUAGCAAAGCUUUUCCACGUUGACCCAGAAGCAAAGCGCCCAUCACUAGUCCUGCUCAACAAACAGGAGGAGACGUUCAUCCUAUAUGAUGGCGAGUUCGGGGCGUCUGCAAUUGCCGAGUUUGUUUCAGCCAACAAAAUCCCGUUGAUCACAUACCACCCUCACAGAGGAAGCCACUCCUCCGAUGUUUGAUAAUCCGAUCAAGAAGCAAACCAGUCCUGCUGUAUGCC